AUGGAGAGAAAGGUACUGCUGGUUUGCUGCGCAGUGGGUCUCUUGGGGCUAUUAUCAGCUGCUACAGGUAUUGGUGCUGAGUUUACAAGAAUCAAGGGUUCUCAGGUUCAGUUUGUCUCCAUUACUAAAUGUGAAUACCCUCGGAGUCCAGCUCUUGGUCUUGGUGUAACUGCUGCAGUGGCUCUUAUGCUAGCUCAAAUAAUUAUAAAUGUUUCAACGGGCUGCAUUUGUUGCAAGAGGAGCCCCCAGCCUUCCAACUCUAACUGGACAGUAGCCUUGUUCUGCUUUGUUGUUUCCUGGUUCACGUUUGUUAUAGCAUUUCUUCUGCUGCUCACUGGUGCUACACUCAAUGAUCGGCAUGGUGUAGAAAGCAUGUACUUUGGCAACUACUACUGUUAUGUUGUGAAACCUGGAGUGUUUGCUGGAGGUGCGGCUUUGUCACUUGCAAGUGUGGUACUAGGAAUUGUCUACUAUGUCACCUUAAAUUCAGUAAAGGACAGUAACAGUCCAUGGGGCACUUCUGCUCCUCCUAAUCCAGGGGCAAUAGCUAUGGGGCAACCCCAGUUCCCUCCACCGAGUACCACUCAAGAACCAGUAUUCGUCCACGAAGACACAUACAUGAGACGACAAUUCACAUGA